UCCUCUAGUCCCGUUCGACUCUCUAGUCAACUUACAUUUUGUGGUGUUUGUAAACAACUUGAGUUGCCAUCGUUAAGCAGUUUUUAUGCGGAAUAAUGUCUAGUGAAGAAGAGGAUUACAUGUCGGAUGCUUUUCUCCCAAAAGAGUCCAACGAAAUCCGCCCCGGUCUCUACAAAUCUAAAGUCGAUCAACAUUCAAUAGCCGUUUCUGCAAAGAAAGCGAAAUACGACGAGGACCAUCGCGCAAAGAUGAAACCAGCCAAAGUGCUGGAAGAGGAACAACGUCACAGAGGCUUGAGUAGCGCUAUAACGUCACAAAACAAAGGAUUCGCAAUGCUAAUGAAAAUGGGUUACAAAGAGGGAGAGGCGAUCGGCAAGUCGUCGAAAGGUGGUAUUUUAGAACCAAUCGGAAUUGACAUUAAAACGGACCGUGGAGGCUUAGGACGGGAUGCUGCGUUGAAACAGUUGAAAGAACAUCGUCAAUUGAUUCGACUGAAUCGAUUGAAGGCAAACGAUAGCGGAGGCGCUAUUUCCACCGAUGAGUUCAGAAAGCGGAUGACUCAACGAGCACAAGGAAAGCAAAUGGAAGCUGAUUUGGGGAAAUGUCAACGGGCAUGCGAAAAACUGGACCUGGAAGAGAAAAUCGAAAAGCCCGCUCUGGCAUGGUUCUGGCCGAAUCGACAGACAACGGAAGAGGAUGAUGCAGAAGACCAGGACGAAUCAGACGAUGACAAAGAAGAGGAAGAAGGAGAAGAAGAAAUCGAGUAUGAACUUACCGAGAAGCUUGAAAUGAUUACGAACUACGUACGAACGACAUACUUGUACUGUCAUUGGUGCGGGACAAAGUACUCGGAUAUAGACGAUUUGAAUAGUGGCUGUCCGGGCUUGACUAAAGAUGACCAUUAAAAAUUAAUUUAUUCGAACCGA